UUGUUGCCGUUGCUUGCAAGCAGCAGCAAACCGCGCGAUUGGAGCAAGAGAGGAAGGUCCACGAGAGAGAACACAGCCACGACCACACCCACCCCAUUGCCUGCCUGCCGCGAGCGCGCAAAGCCUUUUUAAUCGCGGUGGGAGGAGGAGGGGCACGGCACCACCACCACCGCAUCCACAAGAAACAAACAAAGCGAGAAAGCGAGGUGCAUUUCGUUUGUGCGCGCCCGGCCCUGGGGCGUAUAUUAAACCACCAGUAGAGUUUGUGUGUGUGCUCUGCUCCGUUAAAUCCCAUUUCGCCCGGGAAGCCAAGCCACACACCGAGGCACCGAGCUCCCCUCUCUUUUUUCUUUCUUUUCUCUCGCCGCCCCCCACCGAGCAACUCCACCUCCUCCUGCUCGCCGCCCGCACUCCACUACCACCGCGCUAGCUCGGCCAGUACACCGAACGCCAUUAACCCAUCCAACAAACAAGGUGCAGUUAUCGUUGCGUUUCUUCUCGGGAGAGCGGCAGGCAAUGGCGGCCGUCGGCAGGCUGCCGGGCGCGGCGGCGGCCCUGCUGCUCGCGCUGCUCUGCCUGGCGGGGACGUCGGCGGCGACCAACGUGACGUACGACCACCGCGCGCUGGUCAUCGACGGCGUGCGCCGCGUGCUCGUCUCCGGCUCCAUCCACUACCCGCGGAGCACCCCCGACAUGUGGCCGGGGCUGAUGCAGAAGGCCAAGGACGGCGGGCUGGACAUGGUGGAGACGUACGUCUUCUGGGACGCCCACGAGCCCGUCCGGGGACAGUACGACUUCGAGGGCAGGAAUGACCUGGUGAGGUUCGUCAAGGCCGCCGCCGACGCCGGGCUCUACGUGCACCUCCGGAUCGGCCCCUACGUCUGCGCCGAGUGGAACUACGGAGGCUUCCCGCUAUGGCUGCACUUCAUCCCGGGGAUCAAGUUCCGCACCGACAACGAGCCUUUCAAGACGGAGAUGCAGCGGUUCACGGAGAAGGUGGUGGCGACGAUGAAGGGCGCGGGGCUGUACGCGUCGCAGGGCGGGCCCAUCAUCCUGUCGCAGAUCGAGAACGAGUACGGCAACAUCGACGCGUCCUACGGCGCGCCCGGCAAGUCGUACAUCCGCUGGGCCGCCGGGAUGGCCGUCGCGCUCGACACCGGCGUGCCCUGGGUCAUGUGCCAGCAGGCCGACGCGCCGGCGCCCCUGAUCAACACGUGCAACGGGUUCUACUGCGACCAGUUCACGCCGAGCCUGCCCAGCAGUCCCAAGCUGUGGACCGAGAACUGGAGCGGCUGGUUCCUCUCCUUCGGCGGCGCCGUGCCCUACCGCCCCACCGAGGACCUCGCCUUCGCCGUCGCCCGCUUCUACCAGCGCGGCGGCACCCUGCAGAACUACUACAUGUACCACGGCGGGACCAACUUCGGCCGCAGCUCGGGAGGGCCCUUCAUCUCCACGAGCUACGACUACGACGCCCCCAUCGACGAGUACGGGCUAGUGAGGCAGCCAAAGUGGGGCCACUUGAGGGAUGUCCACAAGGCGAUAAAGAUGUGCGAGCCUGCACUCAUAGCAACCGAUCCAUCAUACAUGUCCCUUGGUCAAAAUGCUGAGGCGCACGUAUACAAGACCGGUUCACUGUGCGCCGCAUUCCUCGCCAAUAUAGACAAUCAGUCUGACAAGACUGUCACCUUCAACGGCAAGGCGUAUAAACUCCCUGCGUGGUCCGUCAGCAUCCUUCCUGACUGCACGAAUGUGGUGCUGAACACUGCCCAGAUCAACUCUCAGGUAGCAUCUACACAGAUGAGAAACCUGGGGUUCAGCACUCAGGCGUCAGACGGCUCGUCCGUCGAAGCAGAACUCGCUUCUUCUACCUGGAGCUACGCCGUAGAGCCUGUCGGUAUCACAAAGGAGAACGCCAUGACAAAGCCUGGGCUGAUGGAGCAGAUAAACACCACCGCAGACGCCAGCGAUUUCCUGUGGUACUCAACAAGCAUCGUCGUGGCGGCUGGUGAACCGUAUCUGAAUGGUAGUCAGUCCAAUCUGCUGGUCAACUCACUUGGGCAUGUUCUUCAGGUCUUCAUCAAUGGCAAGUUUGCAGGUAGCGGUAAGGGUAAUGCUAGUAGCUCCCUGAUCUCAUUGACAACACCAGUUACACUUGUACCUGGAAAGAAUAAAAUAGAUCUUCUGAGUGCAACAGUUGGUCUGACGAACUAUGGUGCAUUCUUUGACCUAGUUGGUGCUGGAAUUACCGGUCCAGUAAAGCUGACUGGGCCGAAGGGUGCGCUCGAUCUAUCUUCUGCAGAUUGGACAUACCAGAUCGGACUCAGAGGAGAAGACUUGCACCUGUAUAAUCCCUCAGAGGCCUCUCCAGAAUGGGUAUCAGAUAACUCUUACCCAACCAAUAACCCUUUGACCUGGUACAAGAGCAAAUUUACAACUCCUGCAGGUGAUGAUCCUGUUGCCAUAGACUUCACAGGAAUGGGGAAAGGUGAGGCGUGGGUGAACGGGCAGAGCAUUGGUCGCUACUGGCCGACAAAUAUCGCUCCACAAAGUGGCUGUGUUAAUUCAUGCAACUACAGAGGACCUUACGGCGCAAGCAAAUGCCUGAAGAAAUGUGGGCAGCCAUCGCAGACUUUGUAUCAUGUGCCCCGUUCGUUUCUCCAACCAGGCAGCAAUGAUAUAGUCCUUUUCGAGCAGUUUGGUGGUGACCCAAGCAAGAUAUCCUUCACGACGAAACAGACAGAAAGUGUAUGCGCACACGUGUCUGAGGAUCAUCCCGACCAAAUCGAUAGCUGGAUCUCUCCCCAGCAGAAAUUACAGAGGUCUGGGCCAGCACUUCGUCUGGAAUGCCCCAAAGAAGGUCAGGUCAUCAGCAGCAUCAAGUUUGCAAGCUUCGGGACACCGAGUGGCACCUGUGGGAGCUACAGCCAUGGCGAAUGCAGCAGCUCUCAGGCUCUGGCAGUCGCUCAGGAGGCAUGCGUCGGGGUGAGCAGUUGCAGUGUGCCGGUGUCAGCAAAGAACUUCGGAGAUCCAUGCAGAGGAGUCACAAAAAGCCUUGUGGUCGAAGCUGCAUGCUCAUGAGUCAUGGCAUGUUUGAUAAAUGUUAUUAGUAGGAAGUAAAAGCAGAUUGAGGGGGUGAAACCAGAUUCCUCCUCUUUGUAGACAAACAGGCAAGAAACAAUAAUGGUUCAGAAAUGCUAGUCGGAUGGAAUAAAAUAUUCCAAAAUCUAUUAGAGCCAUGCAAGCUAGUAAAUUGUCUACUUAGAAUGAGUUGUACUACUUGUUAGUAGAACAAUUCUAUACAUUCCUACAAUGUAUUCUUUCGCAAAGAGAGAUAAGUCAAACCAAAAAGCACGCAUUGUCUGUUGAAUGUAAAAUCUCUCAAGAUGAAAUGUUAACAUCUA